UUUCCUUAACCUUUUUUUAGUUUAAUCAGUUCCUCAAUUCAAGCCGAUAUGAUGGCGUAUUCCACACAAACUGAGGCCGUGUUUGUCACGUGAUUUCUACAUUAAUAACACACAGCCAUUUAUUCUCGACACAAGCUCAGACACCUCGGUUCAAAUAUCACAUCACUAGUUAUUAGAAAAACAAGGUAUAUUUAGAUUCAUAUGGACAAAUGAUAAUGUCUGAUAAAGAUAGUUUUCACUGUCUUUAUAUUAGUGGUAUUUUUUCUGUAUCGUUUAAGAUAUAAUUGUAGGCUUUCAGCAUAAUCUGACUCAAACUAUCAGUUUCUAUCAGCAAACUCUCAGAAUAAAGUGAGCUGAUCUGCUGCUGAUCCUGAAUGGCUUGUUUAAUGAGUGUUUAUAGUCUGAGGCUCAUCAAUAUUAUCAGCUGCUGAAAAUCCUCUUUAUUUCAUGUCAAUAGAUCCUGUUUUCACCUCAUUCAUUAUGCUGAUGACUUCUGAUGAUCUGUAAAUUGCCACAUUAAGCUCAUUUUAUUGGUGUCAGCAGACUUAAUCACGAUCACAAUCAGCAAUUGUGACAUUAUAGAUCUGCUCCUCCUUCAGUGAAGCUCCUCCCACAACAAUCACACCUUCAGUGAAGCUCCUCCCACAACAAUCACACCUUCAGUGAAGCUCCUCCCACAACAAUCACACCUUCAGUGAAGCUCCUCCCACAACAAUCACAGCUUCAGUGAAGCUCCUCCCACUGCAGUUCAGCAAUAAAUGCUGGAAUAUUCCCAUCAGUCUACAAGUGAAGACGAGCAUCAGAGCAUCAGGAAGAAGUGAAAUCUGCAGAGACAGAGUUUAUUGAAGGACAGAGAGAACAUGAGAGAUCCAGAACCCUGCAGAAUGAAACACACUGAAGAACAAACAGACCUGAUGGAGGAGAACGAGGAGAGUGAACAGCAGAAAUAUCAUCGUGGCAAACCUAGAGAUAAAACUCACUCUCAGACUGAAAGAGUUUCUUUACUGAAAAGAAGAGACGAGAAAAGUUUCACCUGCACUCAGUGUGGAAAGAGUUUCACAUACAAACAGAGUCUCAAGAGACACAUGAGGAUCCACACUGGAGAGAAACCAUUCACAUGUGAUCAGUGCGGGAAGAGAUUCACACGAUCAGAAAACCUUAAGGAGCACAUGAUCAUCCACACUGGAGAGAAACUGCAUGAAUGUGAUCAAUGUGGAAAAACAUUUUCAUGGGCUUCAAACCUGAAGGAUCACCUGAGAGUUCAUACGAAGGAGAAACCACAUUCAUGUUCUUUCUGUGGAAAGAGUUUUUCACAUCCGCAGAGUUUAAAACUACAUCAGAAGAUACACACUGGUGUGAGAGAUUAUAUGUGCUUUACAUGUGAGAAGACUUUUAUUACAGCUGAACAUUUGAAACAGCACCAGAGGAUCCACACUGGAGAGAAACCUUACAAGUGUUCACACUGCGACAAGACAUUCAGUCGGUCAGAAACCCUGAAAUCACAUGAGAGGAUUCACACUGGAGAGAAACCGUAUCACUGCACUGCAUGCGGGAAGAGUUUCACUCAAUCAUCUUCUCUACGCAGUCAUAAAAUAAACAAUCACAAUAAGUAG